AUGCUCGAGGAGUCGGACGGGGUGCAGCCGGUGUUCGCGAAGAAGUAUAAGCCGGUGGCGCGCAAGGUGCGGCCUGUCCUGGACGUCACUCCGGAACGGUUUCGGGUCGAGCGAAAGAUCACGGGUGAUCCUUUGGCAGGAAUGCCACCGCUCAACCCGAAUCCACCACCAUUCGAGCCGCGCGGGCGCUAUACAGAGGAGAGGAAGGCAGUCAUUGACAGGUUGAUGGGCGAGGAUUUCCUGCUACCGGAUGAGCGGGCAGUGAUGCACGAGAUGAUGAGGCAGCAGGAGGCGGGUUUUGCAUGGGACGAUUCGGAGCGGGGCACCUUUCGUACGGACUUCUUUCCACCUGUACAGAUACCGGUUGUGCCACACAAACCAUGGGUCGAGCGCAAUAUACCGAUCCCUCCGGGUAUCUACGACGAAGUGUGUGCACUCAUCAAACGCAAGCUCGACGCGGGCGUGUACGAACCAUCAAACUCGUCGUAUCGUGGGAAGUGGUUCUGUGUGGUCAAGAAAGAUGGGAAGUCGCUGCGGCUGGUCCAUUCGCUCGAGCCGCUCAAUAAGGUUACCAUCGCGCACUCGGGCGUGCCACCAUUCACGGAGCAAAUUGCUGAGCAGUUUGCGGGUCGGGCUUGUGGCGGCGUGUUGGAUUUGUAUGUGGGAUACGACGAGCGGUUGAUCGACAAGGCCUCACGCGACUAUACGUCCUUCCAAACACCAUUUGGCGUGCUUCGGCUGGUGACCUUACCUAUGGGCUGGACGAACAGUGUACCCAUCUUCCAUGAGGAUGUGACAUUCAUCUUGCAAGCCGAAAUACCACACGUCACAGUACCCUUCAUCGACGAUGCUCCCUUGCGAGGACCACCAACUCGCUAUCUCUUGGAGGACGGGUCGGAGGAGCGUAUUGCAGAGAACCCAGGAGUUCGGCGAUUCGUAUGGGAGCAUCUCGUGAAUGUCAAUCGGGUCAUUCAGCGGAUGAAGUACGCGGGCGGCACGUUCUCGGGCCCGAAGGCAUUGAUCAUCGCAGAAGACUUCGUCGCAAUUGGGCACCGUUGUACCCCGGCAGGGCGACUACCAGAGAAGGGGAACAUGGCGAAGGUGGAGAAGUGGUUGGUGUGCCGGACGGCGUCGGAGAUCAAAGCCUUCAUGGGGACAGUGGGCGUGGGUCGGGUCUUCAUCAAGGAUUACGGCAAACGCUCGCUGGCGCUCGUGAAGCUUACACGGAAAGGGCAGCCGUUCGUGUGGGGUCCAGAACAGAAAGCCGCACUCGAAGAUCUCAAGGCAGCUCUCCUGUCCUCGCCGGCAUUAAUGCCAAUUGACUACGUGGCUGCCUCGCCCGUCAUCCUCGGGGUCGACACGUCGCUGCAUGCAGUGGGUUACUUCUUGGCACAGGAGAAGGAUAUCCCGGGUUCGCCACAGGCCCGCCGCUAUGCUCGUUUCGGGUCCAUACUGCUUAAUGCACGUGAAUCGCGCUUCUCGCAGCCAAAGUUAGAGCUCUACGGGCUGUUCCGGGCAUUCAAGGACGUGGCGCUGUGGCUGGUUGGGGUGCGCAACUUGGUCGUGGAGGUCGACGCGCAGUACAUCGAGGGGAUGCUCAAGAACCCGGAGAUCCUGCCCGCGGCAGCUACCAAUCGUUGGGCUCUAUCGAUCAAGAUGUUCCAUUUCGAGCUGCGACAUGUACCCGGCGAGCGGCAUGUGGCGGAUGGGAUGUCCAGGCGGUUAUGCCAACCAGGCGAGGAGGGCGAGGGACUGGCUGGCGAGAAUAAUGAGGCUGACGAAGAGUGGGAGGACUGGAUUGAUCACGUAUAUGGGUUCAUACACUUGAUCAAUCCUCCCCCGAAGCCUCUCUUCAGCCGCCGUGUACACGCGCAGGAGGAAAUUCUGGUGUUAGCACAGGCGGCCCCGCCACCGCGAGAUAUACGCGCCGACGCGCCCGCGUUGGACCCGCCAUUGGACUACUCGGAGGUCCCGCGACGUCACAAAUGGGCGGCUAUGGACGACAUGUUACCACGCGUGCUGGCCCUGUAUCAAGAGUCGACGUACACGCCACCCACGGGUUACUCGGAUGCGCAAGUUCGGGCUCUACUGCGCUUCGCGGGUCAUUUCUUCGUCUCGGAGGGUCGCCUCUUUCGCCGCGAUGCAGACCACGGCCCGCGCAUCGUUGUAUUCCCGUCACGACGGUUGCAAGUCUUACUCGAUGCACACGAUAACCUCGCCCAUCACGGUGUACACGCGGUAGCAGCUAUGCUUUCGGCGCGGUUUUGGUGGCCGGGUCUAGCAGCAGACGUGGCAUGGUACGUGCGCAGCUGCCACCUCUGCCAGAUUCGUCAGUUGGCCCAGCCGGCUCUCCCUAUAUCGGUGGCGUUGCCAGCGAACCUCUUCUCGAAGGUGCACAUGGACGUCUUCCACUUUUCGCAUGCUUCUCGCGGGUUCAAGCGUGCGGUUCACGCACGUUGCGCACUCUCGUCCUACCCCGAGGCAGCGCCAAUACGCGAGACCGGGGCGGCGCUCGGCGAGUGGAUAUUCACCAACCUUCUCUGUCGCUGGGGUGCAAUUCAGGAGAUCGUGUCGGACAACGGGAAGGCUUUCGUCGCGGCAGUGGACUAUCUUGCAAAGAAGUACCAUAUCCACUACAUUCGUAUCUCGGGGUACAAUUCGCGUGCGAAUGCCGUCGCCGAGCGCGGGCAUCUGGACUUUCGACAAGGUGUCUACAAGGCUGCCGAUGGUGACGAGUCGAAGUGGGCGCAUGUUCUGCCGACCGUGCUCUGGGCGGAGCGUAUUACACCACGUCGGCGGUUGGGUUGCAGCCCGUACUUCAUGGUCACCGGAACGGAGCCCGUUAUGCCAUUCGACCUGCUGGAAGCAACAUAUUUGGUGCCCGCACCAUCGUCCCUGAUCUCGAGUGCCGAAUUGCUGGCGCGACGGGCAGUAGCGCUGCAAAAACGUACCGAGCGCAUGACAGAGAUCUCACAAAAGGUGUACAAGGCCCGCAUCGCGAAUGCUCAACGUUUUGAGAAGGCGCACAAGGCUACGCUAGACGACCGUUCGGCCGACGCAUUCACCCGUGGCCAUCUGGUUCUCGUUCGCAACUCUAUGGUGGAGAAGUCCCUGAACAAGCGACAGCGACCACGCUACUACGGGCCACUAGUCGUCAUCUCGCGGAAUCGUGGCGGGGCCUUCAUCCUAUGUGAGCUAGACGGCACAGUCCUGCAUCGACCGGUCGCAGCAUUCCGGGUUAUCCCCUACAUCGAACGGCGACGACUCGACCGGCCACCAUUACCUUCAGAGCUCGAUAUCUCCGAGGCACGGCUGGCGGAAAUGGAGGAUACAGCGGAUGUGGACCCGGAAGUGACGGCGACGACGAGGUACUUGGAGGACAUUACAGGUGGCAGUUUGAGGGCUCGCAUGGCAGAGGAAGGGCAGGACGAGGAAUAG